GUGGUUUCUUCCUUCCUGCUUCGCCCGCAUCUUUCGCGAUAUGGGGAAGAGCGUCCUUUUCGGCAGCACCACCUGAGGAUUUCCUGGAGCCGCCCCUCGCGAUGGAAGAGGAUCAGGAGCUGGAGAGGAAAGCCAUAGAAGAAUUGCUAAAGGAGGCAAAGCGUGGGAAAACCAGAGCAGAGACCAUGGGACCAAUGGGCUGGAUGAAGUGUCCUCUUGCUGGCACAAAUAAAAGAUUCCUAAUUAACACAAUUAAGAACACCCUGCCCUCCCAUAAAGAGCAAGAACAUGAACAAAAAGAGGGCAGCAAGGAACCUGGCCAGAGUCAAGACCAGAAAGAGACAAACUCAAAGAAGCACAGAAGCCGCUCGUCUAAGCGCAGCCUGCACUCAGCCCGAGGCUCACCCCCAAGGAAGCGGGCCUCCAGGGACAAGGGGGACCACCGAACCAGCAGGCGAUGAGCAAGCUGCAGGGCCAGCCCAGUACUGUGCCUGCCACUGGGUGCAGUGAGGACAGGGAGGUGACAGGACUCUGACACCUGAGAAUGACUUUCCAGUGGGUCCUUUGUUUUAAGAUGGCUGUUGUUGUGUCAUUGUUGUUGUUAACAGGCAAAACAAAACAAAAAACAAAAAAAAACAAAACAAAAACAAACAAAAAAAAAAACUUUUACUAAAACAAGCCCUUGUCCUGAAGGUGUCGUGGAAGAUGACUUAGCUUUGCUAUGCACAUCCAUGUUGCUUUAUCCUGUCUUGUUUGCAAGUUAAUUUCAAAACAAGCAGUUCUAGAAUUUGAAAUUUUCAGGUUGUUAAAAACUAGUCCCAGUUUUUUUGAUGUAUUGCACUUUUUGUGGUCAUUUCCCAGAAUUUCUCAAAAUAAAAUACUUAGAAAUGCUA